AUGGGGCUUGGAUUCUGGAUUAACCUUGGUGUCUCAACAUGCCAACUAGAACGUGCCCCCUAUAAACAGUGCCAACUAGAGCGUGCCCCCUAUAACCAGUGCCAACUAGAGCGUGCCCCCUAUAACCAGUGCCAACUAGAGCGUGCCCCCUAUAAACAGUGCCAACUAGAGCGUGCCCCCUAUAACCAGUGCCAACUAGAGCGUGCCCCCUAUAAACAGUGCCAACUAGAGCGUGCCCCCUAUAACCAGUGCCAACUAGAGAGUGCCCCAUAUAAACAGUGCACACUAGAGCGUGCCCCAUAUAAACAGUGCACACUAGAGCGUACCCCCUAUAACCAGUGCCAACUAGAGUGUGCCCCCUAUAAACAGUGCCAACUAGAGUGUGCCCCCUAUAAACAGUGCCAACUAGAACAUGCCCCCUAUAAACAGUGCCAACUAGAGCGUGCCCCCUAUAACCAGUGCCAACUAGAGCGUGCCCCCUAUAACCAGUGCCAACAAGAACAUGCCCCCUAUAAACAGUGCCAACUAGAGCGUGCCCCCUAUAAACAGUGCCAACUAGAGUGUGCCCCCUAUAAACAGUGCCAACUAGAACAUGCCCCCUAUAAACAGUGCCAGCUAGAACAUGCCCCCUAUAAACAGUGCAAACUAGAACAUGCCCCCUAUAAACAGUGCCAACUAGAGCGUGCCCCCUAUAACCAGUGCCAACUAGAGCGUGCCCCCUAUAACCAGUGCCAACUAGAGCGUGCCCCCUAUAAACAGUGCCAACUAGAGCGUGCCCCCUAUAACCAGUGCCAACUAGAGCGUGCCCCCUAUAAACAGUGCCAACUAGAGCGUGCCCCCUAUAACCAGUGCCAACUAGAGAGUGCCCCAUAUAAACAGUGCACACUAGAGCGUGCCCCAUAUAAACAGUGCACACUAGAGCGUACCCCCUAUAACCAGUGCCAACUAGAGUGUGCCCCCUAUAAACAGUGCCAACUAGAGUGUGCCCCCUAUAAACAGUGCCAACUAGAACAUGCCCCCUAUAAACAGUGCCAACUAGAGCGUGCCCCCUAUAACCAGUGCCAACUAGAGCGUGCCCCCUAUAACCAGUGCCAACAAGAACAUGCCCCCUAUAAACAGUGCCAACUAGAGCGUGCCCCCUAUAACCAGUGCCAACUAGAGCGUGCCCCCUAUAAACAGUGCCAACUAGAACAUGCCCCCUAUAAACAGUGCCAACUAGAGCGUGCCCCCUAUAACCAGUGCCAACUAGAGCGUGCCCCCUAUAACCAGUGCCAACAAGAACAUGCCCCCUAUAAACAGUGCCAACUAGAGCGUGCCCCCUAUAAACAGUGCCAACUAGAGUGUGCCCCCUAUAAACAGUGCCAACUAGAGUGUGCCCCCUAUAAACAGUGCCAACUAGAACAUGCCCCCUUUAAACAGUGCCAGCUAGAACAUGCCCCCUAUAAACAGUGCAAACUAGAACAUGCCCCCUAUAAACAGUGCCAACUAGAACAUGCCCCCUAUAAACAGUGCACACUAGAGCGUGCCCCCUAUAAACAGUGCCAACUAUGCCAACUAGAGCGUGCCCCCUAUAACCAGUGCCAACUAGAGCGUGCCCCCUAUAAUCAGUGCCAACUAGAGCGUGCCCCCUAUAACCAGUGCCAACUAGAGCGUGCCCCCUAUAACCAGUGCCAACUAGUGCGUGCCCCCUAUAAACAGUGCCAACUAGAGCGUGCCACCUAUAAACAGUGCCAACUAGAGUGUGCCCCCUAUAAACAGUGCCAACUAGAGUGUGCCCUCUAUAAACAGUGCCAACUAGAACAUGCCCCCUAUAAACAGUGUCAACUAGAGUUUUCCCCCUAUAAACAGUGCCAACUAGAGCGUGCCCCCUAUAAACAGUGCCAACUAGAACAUGCCCCCUAUAAACAGUGUCAACUAGAGUUUUCCCCCUAUAAACAGUGCCAGCUAGAGCCUGUUCCUGACUUUGUGAAGUUACCGUUUUCUCUGACUGACUUCCUGCUGACAACCUCAGGCCUGUUCCUUCUUGACUACCAGGAAUAUAACCUCUUCACUGCCCUAGACUACCAGGAAUAUAACCUCUUCACUGCCCUAGACUACCAGGAAUAUAACCUCUUCACUGCCCUAGACUACCAGGAAUAUAACCUCUUCACUGCCCUAGACUACCAGGAAUAUAACCUCUUCACUGCCCUAGACUACCAGGAAUAUAACCUCUUCACUGCCCUAGACUACCAGGAAUAUAACCUCUUCACUGCCCUAGACCACAAGGAAUAUAACCUCUUCACUGCCCUAGACUACCAGGAAUAUAACCUCUUCACUACCCUAGACUACCAGGAAUAUAACAUCUUCAUUGCCCUAGAGAAUGACUCCAACAAUUUAAAGUUCUUUGGGAUUGAAAAAGUGGAACCUUCACCCAGAGGGGGAAAUUUCGAUCAACGGUUAUUACAGAAAGAGUGUCGCUGGAUCUAUGAACUAGGUACUAGUGGCCCGGAGGGGCUAAAUGAACAACUAAAUUAUGCGUGCUUUCUGUGA